GAUCGGGACCUAGAUGACAACGACAUCCAAGUGAUACUAUGGGAACUGUCGGAGGUCGGCUUUCACAUUGAAAUGAUGUCUUUGGAUGCUCGCUUGCAUGCAGGAUCAGAGGGAACAGUGCAGGCAGAGCAGUCUCACAGACAUGUUUUAGGUCUGUGCUUUCUGAAGCUUGAGGUCAAUUUGGCCUGGAUAGUGAGCAUGGAGGAUGCAAACCAAGGGUUGGGGAAUCCGGUAUGGAUGGAGCAUGCUCCAUAUGUCUGUGCUCUCUGCUGGGUCAUGUGUUCAUGGCCUAAUUGCCCUUCCAGACUUCAGGAAGAACAAGCUCACUAUGAUGAGCAACAAUUCUUGCAGAUGGAACACACAGCGACUACUUUCUACAUCGACAGCUUCUUCAUGAAUUUUGGGCAUGUACCAAUCUUGCCAAGAGUCCUGGCCCAUCCACCACCU